AUGUCUGGGGGCUCAGAGAGUGAUGACUGUGUAACAGCUAAUGGGAGGGUUUACAUUCCUGAAGUAAGAAAUGAGGAAACACCAGCAGUUGGGAUGCAGUUCGACUCGCUUGACAUUGUUUAUAAUUUCUAUAAUAGAUAUGCAUUCUUGGCUGGCUUUGGUAUUCGACUUCAUUCCAGCUUUUGGGGGGAAAAUAAGAAAGAGAUUCUGAGGAAAGAAUUUGUAUGUUGCAAACAAGGUGCAUACCGAAAAGAUGAAACUAGGGAGAGAAAAAGACAGCGGGGAAUAAGUAGAUGCAAUUGCAAAGCUAAGAUUGUGGUUGUGAAAACAAAUGGGAGCAAGAAGUAUACCAUAUCUCUUUUUGCAGAGGGACAUAAUCAUAAGAUGACACCCUCAGAAAGAUUGCAUUUAUUGAGAUCACACCGUCGUAUUUCAGAUUCUACAAAAGUACUCACAAAACAGUUGGGUUCGGUUAAUAUUCCCAUUAAUCAGAAGAUUGAGGGAGAUGGCGAUAACAGGUUUAGUCGAUGUUUUUGGGCAGAUGCAACUUCUAGACGGGCGUACGGGUUUUAUGGAGAUGUUGUUGUAUUCGAUACCACAUUCAACACGAAUCGAUACGACUUGACAUUUGCACCAAUGUUGGGAAUGUUUGAGGAGUUUAAGAAAGCCAUGCCAGGAGGUGAACCUAAAACGAUCAUUACAGAUCAAGAUGCGGCAAUGACCAGAGCGAUUUCAAUAGCCUUCCCGACUACAUUUCAUCGACUUUGCAUAUGGCACAUCACAUCAAAGUUCUCUAAAGCCAUAUGGGAUACUGACAAUAAGGAUGAGUUUGAUGCAAAAUGGAAUAGUGUGGUUACAAAGGCUGGGAAUCUUGGGUUCCAGCCUACGCACGACACUUUUUUGCCUGGAAUGUCAAGCAGCCAAAGAGCGGAAGGUUCUCAUGGUUUCUUCAAGCAAUACAUAUCAAGGAGAAAUUCGUUGAUGGAUUUCAUAAUACGAUUUGAGAGGGCACUUUCUCAUCAACGUCAAAAAGAGUUAGUUGCUGAUCACGUAGAUGCAUUUGAAGUGGCUCAAUGUAUUCUACCGAUGCCAAUGAACAAACAAAUGGCUACCUUGUACACAAGGACAAUGUUUCAAAAGUUUGAGCAAGAACUAAUACAAAGUAAAGCAUGUUUCCUAGAGCUCAAAACAGAGGAUGCUUCUAAAGUUGUCUAUAAUGUGAGCGAAGGAGAAAUUGGGAAACAAGAGUGGCAGAAGUCGUAUAUGUCAAAGAUUCUAACCACGCAUCAUGUAGCUGCAAAAGAUUUGAAUUUUUGGAAUUAUUUGCAAGCACAUCCUAGCAUUGUUCAGAAGGGACCAGAUUGA